UAAGGUCAUUUAAUCAACAGUGCUCUAGAAAUAAAACAUGGAUUUUUAUUUUAUUUCAAAAACAUUUAACUUUGAUGUGGACUGUGCUCAGGUAGAUUCUCAAGAGUGAGUAGAUCACAGGAAGUGAGCGUUCAUCAUCAGAACAUACCAAAAUGUUCUUGGAUGGACCAAUUUCUUUAACAUGAAGGCAUUUCAACUGAAACUGAGGUAGGCUGUAGAGUCAGAUUUAAAGAUUCAUGUUAGAAAACAGUUAGUUGAGGAAGCUUUCCCUUUAUCUAUUUUAAGCAUGAUUUUAAUAUUGACGAUUUGUAAAUUAUUAAGUCAACAAUGUCAGCCUGUAGUUGACAUAAUGUUCCCUGCAAAUUUGUGUUUUAUACAAAUAUAUAUAUAAUGUGGAUGCUGCAAUACUUUUUUAAUUAUGGGCCUGAAACUCCUUUACAAAUAAUUAAAAUAGCACAAAACCCACAAAUAAGUGUACAAUCUUUAUUUAAACAUCAUAAACAUAUAAUAAAACUACAGGCAAAAGUGUGGACUGUAGAAAAUUACAUUCAAAUGUUUAAGAGCCACAAAAAAGAGAAACCAUUGUUUGUAAAUAAAUACAAUACCAUCAAUAUAAAAAUAGCAAGUCAAUGGAAAUAGAUGCAUUGAAUCAAUGAAUUCACGACUUUAAAGCUUUAAGUACAUGUUCAGUGUAUGUAUAGCAGCCUUACAGUUUCAAAUGAGCGAAUCAUGAUCCCUAUAAGGCUCCAUUUUAAACUGUGGGGAAAAAAUACUGUCUAAUAGACAAUAAAACGUGCGUGUAUGACUUACAGAGUGAAACUCGAAGCUUCACAUAUGCGUAAAAAGGCAGCCUCUAAAUGUGUCCUAUAGAAAGUCCACACGCGUACAGCCCUUUUUCAACAGACAGAAAAUCAUUCUUGAAAUAUUUGUCGCCGAGCCGACAGAGGUGGAAAGAUAGAGAGAGAGAGACAGCUGUCCUGCGGAAAAGAGGCCAAUCCCCUGUGUGGAAUAUUCCAGUCUGUCAGUGAAGUAAAGCUGAGAGGCGCUGCCCACUGGGGAGGAUUUUGUUUUCCUAUUCUUUCUGCACAUAGAAACCUAUAAAUACUUUCACUGGUGGGGUUUAACCUAAACCUCUCUAUUUAACUUCUAUUUUCACUGCUUCCAACACAUAAAAUUCUUCAUAAAUAAAAUGCGCCGUUAACAGGCCUCUGAGAUGUUUAUGGGUUUUGUGCCCCGCUAUUUAUCUUGCAGGCAACUCCUUCGCAAAGAAAAAGACAAUAAACUUGAAAUGCACCUGGACACCACCACCCCCCCUCCUUUGCGCAAACGAAUACAGACCCUCCCACCUAUAAUUUAACUCUUUCCCCGAAGUUAAAAGUAAGAACCCGAUCUUAUUUGUUCCCACUAUCUGGUCUGCGGCGCUUUAAACACGCCGUGCUGGUCGCUUGUUGAUCCACCGGUUUCUCCCUCGAAGCACCCUUCACCUAGAUACAACACAAACAGGCUUGCCGCAGCGGAUUCCUGAUGACCUUAUAAGGCAGUGUGUGGGGGUUGCUGCAGCAACGCGCUCGAGCUCUCAUGGCAACCAUCCAGAGUUCUCGGAUUACAAGUCAGCCUAGCGACUGCCAGCCUGAAUACGCCUUUAUGAUCAAAAUUCCCCCCACCCCUCACCACACGGACGGUCCACCAUUUCCCCUCAUUUGUUUAAGUAUACAGCAUUCUGACGGUAACCACCCUCGUUCCGAUCGUUAUAUUCGGUUUUGAGUGCCGAAAGCAUCGAAGGAGGUGUUCGGUAAAAAAAAAAAUAAUAAGGACGCUCUCCGGAGCCUCACCCAGUUAUGGCGCAGCAACAUUUCACAGCACAGUGCUUCUUUUGUCUGUAAAGAAGCCAUUUUGAGACUAGACAACUGAACAAGAGCAGCUUCCUGACCACCUAAAGGUUUAUUUGGAUGUAAGGAAUCAGUGAAAAACACAAGAUUUCCUCCCCAUAAGGUUGCUUUUUGCUCGUGAGACGCAUUCCCACCCCUGAUUAAAGCCAUUAUUAGAGGAUCCGAAGAUGGGGCUGAAAACAUCCCUCCUGUCCCUGCGUUUAGGCCUGUUAACUGCAUUUCACCACAGUGUUGAGGUUUGGCGAACGGCAUGGACAGUCAUCCCGUCUGCGGCUCGGCGGAGAAGCGGAGCCACCACUGGAGAAGUUAUAAGUUGAUCAUCGACCCGGCGCUCAAGAAGGGAUCCCACAAACUCUAUCGCUACGAUGGGCAGACUUUUAGCAUGCCCAACCCCGGGAUACCACCGGUGGACCUGGUCCGAGACCCGAGGAUCGGACGUCUCUGGACGAAGUACAAAGAGACGGACCUACCGGUGCCUAAAUUUAAGAUCGAUGAAUUCUAUGUCGGCCCUGUGCCUCCAAAGGAGGUGACGUUUGCCAGGCUGAACGACAACAUCAGAGAGGGAUUUCUCACAGACAUGUGCAAAAAAUUCGGAGAAAUCGAGGAGGUUGAGAUCCUGUACAACCCGAAGAAUAAAAAGCACCUGGGAAUAGCCAAAGUUGUUUUUGAGAACGUGAAAUCCGCCAAGGUAGCUAUUCAGUCGCUCCACAACACAUCUGUGAUGGGAAACAUCAUCCACGUGGAGUUGGACCCGAAAGGUGAGAAUCGCCUCAGGUACUUCCAGCUCCUGAUGAAUGGCAGCUACACACCGCGGACGCUUCCUGUUGGAGGAGAGGAAACCAGGGAUGUUUCCCCUCGGAGCCUUGCAGAGGCAUUACUGGCUUGUGAGCCCAUCCGCAGGUUGUCAGAGAGCAGCAUGUCCUCUAUAGGAGCAGCGUUACCACCCAGCAGCUCCACCACUCCCCUAAGCUUGGAGACGGGCUACUCCAGCAUAAGGCAGGACACCCCGCAGUCCCAGGGAACGCCUCACACCCCACGCCAGCCGGGUACGCCCUUCUCUCAGGACUCCAGUUACUCUAGCCGCCAGUCCACGCCUGCAUAUCAGUCGAGCCGUCCCGAGAGCUCGGGAGGCUACAAGUCUCGCAGGCAUGAGAGCAAGUUCCAAGACGCGUACAACCGACGGCCAGAGAGGCCUCAGUAUCGCAGCAGCAUGUAUCGGAGUACACCGUCUGAUCAAGCACCUUUCAAGCAGCACCAGCUGACACCACCUGAACCCCCACCUUCAACCCCUUCCUUUAACUACACUGCGCCUCCCCCUGCUACGCCCAACUUUAAGUCCGCGUUCUCGCCCUACCAAGCUGCUUUACCGUCUGCGUUCCCCCCAUCAGAGUCGCCCUACCAUCACCCAGCUCAAAGGGAGGGUGAGUACCUCCGACCACCGCAGCCGCCUCCGAUGGCCGCCCCCGACAUCUUGCCCGUUAAGGACAGGCCAGAAACGCCUCCCAUCCCAGAGCCGCCACCGGAACCAGUUCCCCAACCCACCACCCCUCCUCCUCAAACACCAGAGCGCUGCCCCUCGCCCGGCUCCCCGGCGCUAGAUCCAGAGCGCAACAGCCUGGACUCUCGCAUUGAGAUGCUCCUCAAGGAAAAAAGGACACAGCCGCUGCCGUUUCUGGAGGAGCGAGACUCGGACAAUGAGGUGCGAAUGGAGGGCAGUCCCAUUUCCUCCUCAUCCUCCCAGCUGUCCCCAAUCCCACCUUUCACAGGCAGCUCUCAGGGCGGCCAGCAGAACUCUCGCCCCUCCAGCACGGGCUUGGAGGACAUCAGCCCGACCCCACUGCCAGACUCUGAUGAAGAAGAGCCAAUUCCCGGAACCGCGUCGUUAAUCAAAAGAAUCGGCUCUCCCGUCGUCGAGAAAAUGGGAAAAAACGACCUCAAAGAUGGAGCUUUUCGAGGCCACACUCCCACUGAGAAAAUGGACACGGCUCAUCAGUCGUCAGGAGAAGACAUGGAAAUCUCCGACGACGAGAUGCCAGGAGCUUCUAUCACCAGUGGAGACUGUAGCAAGGAUAUCGUUGUAAAUUCUGCAAUGUCCCCCCUGCACACUAUGUCCAUGCAUCCUGCCAGCUACCACCCCUUACAGCACCAAGCUGGCUUUGGCAUCCCUCCUCCCCAUCUGGGCCCUCACCCCACCAUGCAGGGGCAUCCUGCUCACCUGGCCACUCACCCUGGAGUACCUCCUCAUAUGCUACCACCCAUCAGUCACUAUCCUCCGAGUAUGAUCCAGCUGAUGGGUCUCAUGAACUGCGUGCCGUGGGAAAGAUGGAGCACGGUGCCCAUGUCCUUCCAGAUGCAGCAGCAGAUGCUGAGCCGCAUGACUCAGACAAGGGGGCCCUAUCCGUAUCCACACUUCAUUGACGGAGGCACGUCCGGGCCAUUUGGGGGAAUGUACCAGCCUCUUUCUAUGGAUACUACUCCUGCUUGCAGCACAGGAGCACAGGGACAUGAGUGGCAGCAUCCUAGUUUACCAAAGUUCAACCCCACCGUUCCUCCUCCAGGGUACGAUACUAAGAAAGAGGAUCCUCAUAAAGCCACUGUUGAAGGUGUCCUACUGGUCAUCGUCAAAGAGCUGAAGGCCAUCAUGAAGAGGGACCUGAACCGCAAAAUGGUUGAGGUGGUGGCUUUUAGGGCUUUCGAUGAGUGGUGGGAUAAGAAGGAGCAUUCGGCAAAGACUUCUCUGACUCCAGUAAAGGGUGCAGAGAGUAAAGAAGAAGAACGGCCCAAACCCAAAGAACCAAUAGCGUCCAGCCUGCUAGAGAACUGGAAUAAAGGAGAAGGACUUGGCUAUGAAGGAAUGGGUCUCGGAAUGGGUUUGCGAGGAGCCAUCCGUUUGCUGUCCUUUAAGGUUAAAAGGAAGGACCCACCUGAUACCGCAGUGGGAGGUGAUAACAAACGAGCCCGACCGGCCACCCCGGCAGAUGAUGAGCUGGAGGAUGAAGAGAGGGACAGAGACGCAGCAGAGCUUCCAUCCGACGACUCCAAAACGGAUGGCGACGGCCCCUCAGCCAAGCGGCGGCCCUCGCGACCUCUUGAGCUGGAUAGCGAGGGAGAGGAGGAGAUGGACACCUCAGAGAAGGAGGAGGAAGAGUCAAUGUCUGACGUGGGCGAUGAAGACAAGGCUCCAGACACGCUGUCGUCAGGCAAAGAGAGUGCCGAAGAGGAGGACGAUGACAAAGAUGGAGAAUCAUCCAGUGACAGCGGAUCCUCAGAGUCGUCUGAUGAUGAAGCUGGCAGCUCGGUUUCCUCCAAGGCCAGCUCGGACUCCUCGGCAGAAAGCUCGGACUCAUCGGAAAAGAGUUCAGACUCAGAGUACGAGUUAAGCUCCGAAGAGGAAGAAGACGAGGAAGACAUGAAAGCAGUUGUUGAUAAGUUGGAAGGCAAAGAGACAGAGACCACCUCGUCUUCCUCCUCUUCCUCAUCUUCAUCUUCCAAUGAGGAGGAGGAGGACAGAGAGGAAAAUCUCAAACCACCACCUCUUCCCAUUGUUCAAAUCCGGGAAUUCAAGGAAGAGCGUAGAGACGUGGACGAGCUCAGUAGCAAGUCCAAGCGCAGUCCUCCCAGUUCUCCCAAAGAGGAGAUACUGGAGGACCUGAAGCCGCCGUUGCAUAAAGGUGUCCGAGUCAAAGAGGAGGACAUCUGUGUUGCUGCCGCUGUUGUCAAGCUCGAACCUCAGGACCACGUAGCAAACCUCCGGCCCUCCACUCCCACAGGUGCCCUCCCUAACGUCGACCAGGAGAUCAAAACCAAAGGUAAAGCAGAGCCUGAGGAAGUACCCUGCACCCCGGCUCAGUUACCCCCAUCCCAUCAAAUUGCACCUGCCCCAAAAUCCAUCUCCACAUCUUCGAUGCACCUCCCUCUCCCGCCUCACCCCACUGUAGAAGGUCGUUCCCUCCUUCACCCACCCCCUGGUCACCUGCCUGAGUUUCCUCAGCGACCCCGACUCCCCACAGACGAGGACAUCCCUCGCACGCCGGGCAGGGACCUGAUGGAGCGAACCCGUAGUCUGGGCAAAUCCCAGAGCACCGACACUGUUCCAAACACACCCGGCAGUGAUGCUCCUUUAACCGGUAGCAGCUUGUUGCUCAGCUCGCCUCACAUCCCAGGCAGCCCCUUUUCCUACCCUUCUCAGUCCCCCGUCCUUAGUGCUGGAGUCCCUCGUACUCCAGGUAGAGACUUAACAUUCACUCCUGUUUUCCCUGAACCUGCAGCACUGACGCUGAACAGGAAGAGCUUUGACGAGAGGCCUGUUUUUAAGGAGCCACCAAUCAGCACUCAGCCUAACCAGUCUCUAGCAGCUGGAACGGAGCAAUCGGCCGUCGUACCUGAAGAUCUACCCACUGGCAUCUCAGGAGAUAUCCCUGGGAUGUCAGACAUCACGUCAAAGAAAAAACUAGGGCGACCCAAAAUCAAAAAGACCCAAACGGCGUCUGCAGGUGAUGAGUUUUCAUCCGAGUCCACAGAUCUGCCCCAAGUGUCACUUCUGGAAGAGCUAUCUUUAACAUCGGUCAAAUCCCCCAAACACACUAGUCUGGACUUCCGGGAAGGAGUCGUGGAGCCUCAGACGCUGUUGCCCACUGAAGACGGCUACCAAUCCUACGAAGAAGGGCAGCAUGUGUCCAUCAAACCACGCAAGGCGAGGCGGGGCUGGGAAGAGCUGCUUCUGGGCAGCCUGUCCCCAGUCACCACUCCACCUCGGGCCUACUUCAGCCCACGCUCUGACUUUAAAGAGAUGACCAUCCUGUAUGACAUCUGGAACGAAGGCAUCGAUGAGGAGGACAUCCGGCUUCUGCAGAUCACGUAUGACAAGAUGCUCCAGCAGGACAACGGCAACGACUGGCUCAACGACACGCUUUGGGUCAACCAUCCUCCUACCCACAUCCCUGGAGUGAAGAAAAGGAGGAGAGACGAUGGCAUGAGGGAUCACAUGACAGGCUGUGCACGGAGUGAGGGAUACUACAAGAUCGACAAGAAGGACAAGGUGAAGUACCUGCAGAGCUCCCGAGUGCAGUCGGAGGAGCCGCCAGUCGACACACAGGGUAUGAGCAUCCCUGCACAGGUCCAUGCCUCUACCAGAGCUGGCUCAGAGCGGCGGUCAGAGCAGCGACGUCUGCUGUCCUCCUUCGCAUGCGACAGCGACCUGCUCAAGUUCAACCAGCUGAAGUUCCGUAAGAAGAAGAUCCGAUUCUGCAAAUCGCACAUCCACGACUGGGGGCUCUUUGCUAUGGAGCCCAUUGCUGCUGAUGAAAUGGUGAUUGAGUAUGUGGGGCAGAACAUCAGACAGGUGAUAGCCGACAUGCGGGAGAAGCGGUAUGAAGAGGAGGGCAUCGGUAGCAGCUACAUGUUCCGGGUGGACCACGACACCAUCAUCGACGCUACCAAAUGUGGCAACUUUGCGCGUUUCAUCAACCACAGCUGCAACCCUAACUGUUAUGCAAAAGUCAUCACAGUUGAGUCCCAGAAGAAGAUCGUGAUCUACUCAAGGCAGCCGAUUAACGUCAACGAAGAGAUCACGUACGACUACAAGUUCCCCAUCGAGGACGAGAAGAUCCCGUGUCUGUGUGGGGCGGAGAACUGCAGGGGGACGCUCAAUUAACGGAUCUCCCUCACAUGUCGUGAAAGCGCUAACCAUAAACCCAAGCGUCCCGGACGUGCACGGAACAGGGACGGGCUGAUCGGGCCGUGGAGGAGAAGUAACCAGCAUUUCACCUGGAUUGAGCUAAGCUACCUGACCUGCACUCUUCAUACAUUAAACUUUAGAUUGUUUACGAUCCACGGUGCUCUUCAAACCAGACUGUUUUGUUAUUUUGUGCUGGUGUGACUUUUUCCUCCCCCUUCCUCAGCUGUCAGACAGUAUUUCUACACAAUGACUGCAGCAUCAAGUCCUGAUUUCGGGCUAUUUUUUUUAUUUUUGUUUUACAUUUUUCUCUCCUCAUUUGUCUCAUAAGCUGUACCCACACCACGUGGUAAAAUAAAAACAAACUCACAUGUUGAGCUGCUCACUAACACUUUAAGGUUAGGAGGUUAAUUCCUCCCUGCGUCCAUCCUUGCAGCAGGUGAGUGGACGGCGGUGCUCCUCGCUGCUGUCCGCCCUGCACCAAAAAAUCAAACUAAACUGAAAUAGGAAUGGUUAAAUCUGGAAUAUUCAAGCAUCUUCCACCUGUCCAGAACGGAGCGCGCUGCUUCCUCUUAGUUUAGUUUUUUUAGUUUAACAUUUAACAAUGUUCUGCAAAAUUUGCAUUAAUCAUAUGCCUCAUUUUGUUUCUUAAUCAGUUUGUUUUGGUAUUUUCAUGCCUGUUUCUUCAGAUACACUAUGUAUGGAUGUGUGUUUGCAUGAAUGAGUGUCAAGGCUCGGCUGAGAGCACCAUUUGUACCUGACGGUGCGGGAAUGUGAGUGCACUGCCCCCUGGUGGCCGAAAACGGAACACAGAUUAACUGAGGAGCAACAAGCUAAUCUUGAGUUUUCAGCUCUGGGGGGGAAGUAAUUAUUCAUCAUUUGAAGUGCCAAAUCAAUGAAUUAGUGUACAACUGUCUUUGUUUAAUCAUGAGGAAGCUGCUGAUGUGUUAACAAGCAACCAUGAGGAAUUUUGCCCUCCUUUGGACAUUUGAUGAUCAUGUUUUGGCUUCAUUUAUCUGUAUUUUUAGCAACAUCAAGGCUACUGUGACCUCCUCACAGUCUGCAGGAGCCUUUCUGUCUUUAUCGUUAUUUAGAUAAAAGAUAAAAUACUAAAUGCACUCGAGGACUCGCACUUGAGCCCCUCUCGUUCUCAACCAGUCACCCCUGCAAGACCAAGUCAGUUAUUGCUUUUCAUUCAGUUGGAUUAUAAUGCAGAUUUCUGUUUUUCACCUCUGAUGUUCAUAUUGUAUAUGAGAAGCUGUACAAAAGAUCUAAAACUUUUUUAUCCUCCCAAAUGUAACACUUUUAAGAUGCAUCUUUCUUUUUUUCCCCUUUUUUUAACAUAAGACUGAAUAUUUAAAUAUUUUCAGGGAUAUGUGAAAGGAACUGGUGGUUAAAAGGUUGUUUAUUUAAAAGGUCCACUGUGUACAGAAAAAGCUUCCGCUUCCCUUUUUGAAAGAUUGUUUCUUGUAGAAACGUCUUCAUUUUCUGCCCAUUUGCUUUGUGAUCCUAAAAUAUGUAAGUAGUUUAACUGUGAAUACUAUAUAAAUAUAUAAAUAUAUAUAUAUAUAUAUAUAUAUAUAUUUUUGUUUCCUGGGAUUUGCUACUUGAACACAGCUCAGAUGUGUGUGUAUCAUAAGGAGGUAAGCGCUGAGCUGGUUGGCUGGUAGCAGGAAAUUCAGCUUGUGUCAAGCUCCUUCUGUUAUUUGAAUUUUGUUUUAUUUUGUUGUAAAUUCUAUGAAAAGCUCUUUGCGGUGUGGAAAAUUAAAAAAAAAGGUGCAGAAACGGCACUGGGAAGAGGACUGAAGUUUCAGCCUGUUUCUCAUGUCUAUUUAUUAUAAGUGUAUGAAAAAGAAAAAAGCGAAUAAAGAUUUUUUUGCAUACAUCCAUAAA